UAACUAUUCAGAGAGGGUAACUCGGGGAUUUAUAGUGGAAGAUCACCCUUCUCCAACGAGUCAUUGGACGGCGAGGGGCUUCUAGGAAGAAGAGAAGGAGCCACAUAUGAUGGAGGACCAAACGCAAGCGAAGUCAACGGCAGUCGCUAAGAGAAGGGUGUCAUCGUCGUCGUCGUCGUCGUCGUCGCCAUCAUCACGGUUCAAAAGAGUCUGCGUGUUCUGCGGUAGCAGCACAGGGAAGAAGAAAGGCUAUCAGCUCGCAGCUAUCCAACUAGGAAAAGAAUUGGUGGAGAGGAACAUAGACUUGGUGUACGGCGGAGGGAGCGUUGGGCUCAUGGGUCUCGUCUCGCAAGCUGUUUUUGACGGCGGCCGCCAUGUCUUAGGGAUAAUUCCAAGGACGCUCAUGCCCAAAGAGAUAACCGGAGAGACCAUAGGGGAAGUGCAGCCCGUCGCCGGAAUGCACCAGAGGAAAGCCGAGAUGGCACGUCAGGCUGAUGCCUUUGUUGCUCUUCCCGGAGGGUACGGAACCCUAGAAGAACUGCUCGAGGUGAUAACUUGGGCUCAGCUGGGAAUCCAUGACAAGCCGGUGGGUCUUCUGAACGUCGAAGGGUACUACAACACACUGCUAUCGUUCAUCGACAAGGCUGUGGACGAGGGGUUCAUCUCUCCUGAUGCUCGCCAUAUUAUUAUCUCGGCACAGACAGCUCAUGAGUUACUGUCCAAGCUUGAGGAGUAUGAACCCAGGCAUGAGAGAGUUGCAUCCAAACUGAGGUGGGAGAUGGAGAAGUUGGGUCACCCCCCCAAGUCGUACAUCGCGCGCUAGUAGAACACCACCACCUUGUAUGAGUAAUUAUAAUUGCCCAAUGAUGCAACCAUUGUAAUCUUUACUUCAAC